UCCGCCGCGGGUGCGCAGGCAGCAGAGACGCGCGCCCUGCAUCCGCGCCGCCCGCCGGCUCCCUCGCGCGCCCGGAUCCCACGCUUACAGCCGAGCCAUGUCGUCCUGCAGCCGCGUGGCGCUGGUGACCGGCGCCAACAAGGGCAUCGGCUUCGCCAUCACGCGCGACCUGUGCCGGCUCUUCUCGGGGGACGUGGUGCUCACGGCGCGGGACGAGGCGCGGGGCCGGGCGGCCGUGCAGCAGCUGCAGGCCGAGGGCCUGAGCCCGCGCUUCCACCAGCUGGACAUCACGGACCUGCAGAGCAUCCGCGCCCUGCGCGACUUCCUGCGCAAGGAGUACGGGGGCCUGGACGUGCUGGUCAACAACGCGGGCAUCGCCUUCAAAAUGCGGGACACCACGCCCUUUCAUAUUCAAGCGGAAGUGACUAUGAAGACAAACUUUGAUGGCACCCGAGAUGUGUGCACGGAGCUGCUGCCUCUGAUGAGGCCCGGAGGCAGAGUGGUGAACGUGUCCAGCAUGAUGAGUCUCAGGGCCCUGAAAUCCUGCAGCCCGGAGCUGCAGCAGAAGUUUCGCAGUGAGACCAUCACGGAGGAGGAGCUGGUGGGGCUCAUGAAGAAGUUCGUAGAAGACACGAAGAAGGGGGUGCACCAGAACGAAGGCUGGCCUAGUACUGCGUACGGAGUGACGAAGAUCGGUGUCACUGUCCUGUCCAGAAUCCAGGCCAGGAACCUGCGUGAGCAGAGGGGAGGGGACAAGAUCCUCCUGAAUGCUUGCUGCCCAGGGUGGGUGAGAACCGACAUGGCGGGACCCAACGCCACCAAGAGCCCAGAAGAAGGAGCAGAGACCCCCGUGUACUUGGCCCUUUUGCCUCCAGAUGCCGAGGGCCCUCAUGGACAGUUUGUCAUGGAAAAAAGGGUUGAACAGUGGUGAGCUCACCCCCAGCUCCACCCCCGGAUCCUGCUUCCUAGCCUGUCCUGAUUUAACCUAAAGGAUUUUGGACUGUCAACAGAUUUUCUAUCCAUGGGGGAAAAAUGCAAAUAUCUCUAAUCUCUACUAAUGUACUGCUAUUGGGUGGGCCCCUCCCUGAGUUGACUUCUACCUUUGUGAACUCUUUUGUGAUUGCCUGUAGGUAUAGGGGGAGUAAAAUUGUAAUUGCUGAAAAGAAUGAGUGCAAUUCAAGAGUUGAAUAAAUAGUUCUUUA